CUCUUCCUUCCGCCCCCACUCUCGUUUAUCUAUCCUAUUUCUUCACUCGUUCAUACACCGAAACCUGUUUGUAGAGCUCUCAGAUCGAAACCGCAGCCUCCAAACGGCCUCUCGUCCCGGUCGCACCAAUCGAGGGUAUUUUAAUCUCUCGCUGACUCCCAUCGGCGAGCUUUCACGAGCGCGGGCGACAUGGGAGCGUCUCCUCCGCGAAAUGCGUCGGCAGUCCCGCUGGUUCCGCUGCUGCUACUGAUCGCCGCGGCGGCAAUUGCGCAGGUUCGAGUGGCGGAGGCGGCGUGCGCCAAGGUGCGGAACGUGCUGGUCGUCGGCGCGGGCAUCUCGGGGGUCUCCGCGGCGCGACACAUCGCCGUCACCAACGGCGAGUGCUUCAAGGUGACGGUCCUCGAGGCGCGCAACCGCGUGGGCGGGCGCAUGUGGAGCCGCACGGAGCCCGCGCCGGCCGCGGGCGUGGGCAGCGGCGGCGUGAUUCGCGGCGAGAUGGGCGCGCAGUGGAUCCAGUCCGCCACGGGCAACCCGAUCACGGCCCUUGCGCGCCGAUUCAAGCUCAGGAUCGGCGAGCAGAACGGCGAGGAGAUCCAGUACAGGGCUAACGGGAAGACUUAUAGCGGGUGGCAGAUGAAGGUCGCGCGGGCGAAGUACGAUUGGGCUUUAAAGCGCGCCAAGCAGAUCGCGAGCGGGCAGGAUAACGAUAUUUCGAUGGAGACGGCGUUCCGUGCUGCGGGAAACUUUCUGAAUCCGUACAUCCAGUCACGGGUGGCGGUGGAUUUCGAGUUUGAGUAUUCGGGUGACCUCUCAACCAUCUCCGCCUGGUACUACGAGGAUGAUGCUUUCGACGGUCCUGAUCUGGUGGUCACCAACGGCUAUGAUAACAUUCCCAAGAUGCUCAUGAAGGAAGCAAUUGACGCUGGAGCACAGCUAGUACUCAACUUUGAAGUGACCUCUGUCUCCAGGCUGGCCUCAGGAGCAGUGCAGAUCACCGGCAAGGACACCAGCACAGGCGCCACCCGCUCCUACUCCGGUGAUGUGGCCAUCAUCACGCUACCUCUUGGGGUGCUCAAGGCCGGUGUCAUCUCCUUCUCGCCUGCUCUUUCUGCGCGAAAGCUAGGCGCGAUCUCGCGUGUCGGGUUCGGGAACGUGAACAAGGUGUUCUUUUUCUAUAAUACUACCUUCUGGCCGACAUGGUCGGAUGAGUAUUUUGUCGAGGAUGCGCAGCUUCCGGGAAACCGCGGGCGGUGGGUGGAUUGGGUGAACCUGAAGCGCGCUUAUGGGAUGACGGCAUUGGAAGGUGUAGCUGUGGGUACUUGCGCGACUAGGAUGGCGGAAAUGACGGAGGCGCAGUGCAUUGCCGAUGCGGCUAACAAGAUUAAAGUGAUGUUUCCGAGGUAUAGGGGUGCGAAGGUGCAGGCGGUGUGGUUGCAGCGGUGGAAUCUGGACCCGUAUGCGCGAGGGGCGUACAGCUAUGGCAGGCUGGGGAUGCAAGGAAAUGGAGAUGUCACCACGGAUUUCAAUAAGUUGGCCGAGCCUGAGCAAAACUUUUUGUUUGCUGGAGAGCAUACGCAUGGGUCGUAUAGGGCAAGUGUCCAUGGAGGGUAUUUAUCUGGGAUUCGGGAGGCUAAACGAGUGCUUAGCUCGUACUAGGUUGUUAGUGUCAAACAUACCGUAUUCCCCUGGAUAUGUGCCCCUCCGUAGGUUAAGGCCUUUGGGCUUUAUUCUGUGCAUUGGGCCUUAUAAAUGUAAGAAUUUGUA